GUGUCUUCUUAUUGGAUAAUAUAGCCCUGCCUCCUACAAGGAAGUUGCAUAAUCAUUAUCUGGAGAUCAUUAUUAAAGUACUACAGUAAAAAUUGUAACAAGUCUGUUGAGUACAAACUGUCGCUCACGUGAUGUGUAAUAUAUGAUCUCUGUUCUCAGGAGUGGUAGAUUAAAAUCUUUUAACCUUUGGUCAGACCGAAGCUGAUCCAAAGAUGAAUGUCUGUGAACAAUAAAUAACACUUUGGAAGUCUGGAGGAGGAAAAGAGUGCAGAAUCUGUCUCUCUCUCUCCAAUUAUAGACUUCCAGUUUAAUUGGUUUAGAUGUGUUUGCUUGUAAGAAUGAUAAUAGACGGUUUGCUCUGAGUUCAAGGCCACGUCACAACAGCUUAGCACAUGUGAAACAUAAUCAUACACUCCGUUUUAGGAUUGCCUGUUUUAGUUACUUUUUCUUGUGCUCACAGAUGGACAAUCAAAGACUUUCACAGAGUGAGAAUUUCAAUCCUAAUCCUGUUUAUGGUCUGAAUGAAGCACAACUAGAUAUCCAGGGACAGCGCAGGUGGAAGGCGCAUCGGACAAUUUGGGGAAAGCUGAAGGAGGAGAGCCGGUAUUCAGGUCCAAGGCUGAAGAGCUGCUUCCUGUCUAUCGCACCUCUCUUGUCAUGGCUGCCACAAUACUCGCUCAGGAAAAAUGCUGUUGGGGAUGUGAUAUCAGGAAUCAGUGUGGGAAUCAUGCACCUGCCUCAAGGGAUGGCCAAUGCAUUGCUGGCUGCAGUUCCUCCAGUGUUUGGUCUGUAUUCAUCUUUCUACCCUGUUCUCAUCUACUUUAUAUUUGGAACAUCCAAACACAUCUCUGUGGGUACUUUUUCUAUCCUUUCCAUCAUGGUCGGUACAGUAACAGGUGAUGUGGUGUUGCCAGGCAGCGGAGGAGAGAGUGAUGAGAUUGAGGCUGAAAGCAUGAGAGUUGCCUUUGCAGCUCAGUUGACCAUUCUGUGUGGAUUAAUGCAGAUUGUGCUAUAUGUGCUGCGUUGUGGAGGAGUGUGUCGGUGGUUGUCUCAGCCGUUGGUCAGUGGAUACACUAUGGCAGCUGCCAUCCAUGUGACUGUUCACCAGCUGCCUUUACUGAUGGGCAUCUCCAUAGUCAGACACAGAGGAGUCCUUUCUGUGUUCUGGAUGUUUUCAAACAUUGUGUCUGAAAUCAGGAGUGUAUUACCAGCGACACUGGUCAUUUCCUUUGUCUCCCUGGUUAUACUUGUUGGUGGAAAGGUGCUGAAUUCAUGCUGGAGCACUCGAUUUCCAAUUCCAUGGGAGCUGGUACUGAUUAUCUCUGCCACUCUGUCAUCAUUGCAGUUUGAUUUGUCCGGUCAGUAUGGAAUACAAAUCGUUGGACCAAUACCAACCGGUCUCUCACCUCCCUCCCUUCCAUCAUUCUCCUUCUCUCAGGAGCUGUUAUUGACAGCUCUUGCACUAGCAGUGGUGGGUUAUGGUUUCCAAGCUUCAUUGGGCAUGAUGUUUGCUCAUAAACAUGGGUACCUCUUUCACAGCAACCAGGAGCUGUUGGCUAUGGGUCUGUGUAACUCUAUUGGAGGGGUGUUCCAGUGCUUUCCAGUAAGCGGAUCCAUAUCUCGCAGCACAGUGCAGGAGAGUACAGGCGGACAAACUCAGGUGUCUUCUCUAGUGUCUGCACUGAUUAUUCUUUUGAUCUUGCUGAAGUUCGGCCCCCUUUUUCAGCAGCUUCCAAAGACAGUUUUGGCUGUAAUUAUUUUAGUUAAUCUGCAAGGGGUUUUUGCACAAGUUAAAGAUGUACCUAAACUGUGGAAUACCGACCGCUUGGGCCUGGUAGUGUGGGUAGUGACACUGCUCAGUGCCCUGGUGUUUAACCUGGACCUGGGGCUUGGCAUUGCAAUUGUGUUUUCUCUCCUUACCAUCGUCUUCAGGACACAGAAUGCCAGGUCUGCCGUUCUUGGGCAUAUUCCUGAUACAGACUGUUACAGGGAUCUGGAGAAAUAUGCAAAGGCACUCCAGGUCCCCGGAGUUACUGUGUUUUCCUGCUGUAAUCCACUUUACUACGCCAAUGCAGACCAGACCUUCACAUCACUAAAACAGGCAGUUAGUAAAGGCAUUAAGGAGAAUCCUGAAGUAAGUCCUCCAGACCAGCAGGGGGCUCAGAGUGUGCAGCACCACUGCGUUAUUCUGGAGCUCAGUGGAGUCACCUUCAUGGACUCAGUGGCCAUGGGCACAUUCAAAUCAGUGCUUCAGGACUUUGAGAAACACACCUCGUUUUUCUGUGCUGCAUGUCCAGAUGGUUUACUAUCUCAGAUAAAGAACCAUGGUUUGGUUCCAGAUAAUCUGUCUCUUUCCUCAUUUUUCCCCUCAGUACAUCAUGCAAUCCUACACUACCAGGGGCUACAGAACACAGGCACAGAUGUUACAGAGCUGUGACCUUUAAUGACCUCCCUUCAUGAACAGCGGAUACAUGAACCUGCAAUCCUGAAAGAACCCUUCAACACUGGGGUUUAGAUGAGACACUUCUAGACAAAACAAGAAAGGAGAAGAACUUCCUAUUUUGAUUUAAUAGUUUGGAGCAACUGUUUGCAUUCAUCUGGAUUUAAGGUGAUAUGUGGCAACAGCUGUUUGUUUAUCGGCUAUUGAACGUGAAAUUAUCUCUGACACCAUAAACAGAUUUUAUGUGGUU